CCCAUCUAAAACCCUAAAAUCGUAAACCUAUAUAGAAAUAGAACGUCCAUACCUUCCCACUUGCUUCACUGUCGGCUGAAGUUCUAUUCUCCUGUAAACUGGUUUCCCUCUCGCAGUCUCGUCUAAAUCUCAGCGAUGAGACCUCCAAGAGGGCGUGGCGGUGGUGGAUUUAGAGGCCGAAGCGAUGGAGGGAGAGGAAGAGGCAGAGGUGGUGGCGGAAGAGGUGGAGAUGGAGGUGGAAGAGGUCGUGGUGGGGGUCGCGGAGGCGGCCGGGGUGGCGGCCGUGGUCGCGGUGGUCGCGGUGGGGGAAUGAAGGGUGGGAGCAGAGUCGUAAUUGAGCCUCAUAGGCACGAGGGUGUAUUCAUUGCGAAGGGCAAAGAAGAUGCUCUUGUUACUAAGAACAUGGUCACUGGCGAAGCAGUUUAUGGCGAGAAGAGGAUCUCUGUGCAGAACGAAGACGGAUCCAAGGUUGAAUAUAGGGUUUGGAAUCCUUUCCGUUCUAAGCUGGCAGCUGCCAUUUUGGGUGGUGUUGAUAAUAUCUGGAUUGUUCCGGGAGCUCGGGUGCUGUAUCUUGGUGGUGCUUCAGGGACCACAGUCUCGCAUGUAUCUGACAUCGUUGGACCUACUGGAGUCGUCUAUGCGGUGGAGUUUUCGCAUAGAAGUGGCAGGGACUUGGUUAACAUGGCCAAGAAGCGAACAAAUGUCAUACCCAUAAUCGAGGAUGCUAGGCAUCCUGCUAGAUAUCGAAUGUUGGUAGGCAUGGUCGAUGUUAUAUUCUCUGAUGUCGCUCAGCCUGAUCAGGCAAGGAUCUUAGCACUUAAUGCCUCGUACUUCCUGAAGAAUGGAGGCCAUUUUGUGAUAUCAAUUAAGGCGAAUUGCAUAGAUUCAACUGUUCCUGCUGAGGCGGUGUUUGUCCAAGAAGUGAAGAAGUUGCAAGCGGAUCAGUUCAAACCGUCUGAACAAGUUACGCUUGAGCCGUUUGAACGAGACCAUGCUUGUGUGGUUGGUGGGUACAGGAUGCCGAAAAAACAGAAAACUGCUGCUUAGUUUGAUAAAUUGUAGAACUUUGUUUUCUUCAUUAUUUUGUCAAGGUUGUGACUUGGUAAGUAGGAACACCCGGCAUUUAUAUGCUCUGAUAAUUAUAGUUUUGCCGCAGAUAUUACUUUGUUUUAAUGGUUGACAUUGUUGCAUUUGUUUUCUAUUUUCA